AUGGCUCAUUUCUACAACUAUUCGGGAUGGUGCAUUUACAACGGCUUACAACAUGGAUGGAGCCCGGAGUUGAGUGCCGUCAUCCAUCACCAUCACAUGGGUGACGGUGUGAGUCAAGUCUUUCAAGUCAAGGACCAGGAUGAACUACCGGACGAGUGGAAACUGGGUGUCAUACACCCAGUCUACAAAAAGGGCGACAGAUUAGACUGUGCUAACUUCCGAGCCAUCACUGCCCUUAAUGCCGCCUAUAAGAUCCUGUCCCGCAUACUCUUCUGCAGACUUGCGCGCCUUGCUACAGAUUUCGUCGGAAACUACCAGGCUGGGUUUGUUGGAGGCAAAUCGACCACUGACCAAAUCUUUACUCUUGGGCAGAUCCUCCAGAAGUGCCGAGAGCACCAGAUCCCGACGCACCACCUGUUCAUAGACUUCAAGGCGGCCUACGAUACCAUAGAUCGGACAGAGCUAUGGAACACCAUGCAGCAGUACGGAUUCCCUGGGAAGCUGGUACGGCUGUUAAGGGGUCACUAUGGAUGGGGUGCAGUGCAAGGCUUCGCGGAUGAUAUUGACAUCAUCGGACGGACAUCUGCGGCGGUGUGCGAGGCGUACACCCGACUGAAACGCGUGGCCGCUAGGAUUGGAUUGAGGAUCAAUGCGACGAAGACAAAGUACCUGCUUGCCGGGAGCUCUGAUCGUGAUAGAACCCGACUCGGAAGCAGAGUAUCAGUUGACGGUGACGAUCUCAAGGUGGUAGUGGAGUUCUGCUACCUUGGCACGAUCGUAACUUCGGACAACAACGUAAGUUCGCAUUCGGAACAACAACGUAAGUUCGGACGGAAGGCGCAUUGUUCAGGGAAAUCGUGCAUACUACGGGCUCCACAAACUCCUGCGAUCCAGAAGGCUCCAGCAACACACGAAAUGCACAAUAUAUCGCACACUGAUACGUCCGGUAGUCCUCUAUGGCCAUGA